AUGAAGCUAUUCAUUACCGGCGCCACAGGAUACAUAGGCGGAGAAGUGCUCCACCAAUUCUUGCAGAAACUACCGCAUUUUUGGGUCACGGCAUUGCACCGGCUUCCGGAAGAGGCCAAGCUUUUGAAAGACAGUUACGGAGACAGAGUACAUCCUAUUUUCGGUUCGCUCGACAAUUCCGGAACGUUGGAGCGUGAAGCGAGAGAAGCCGAUAUCAUUAUCAACGCGGCCUGCUACAACCAUGCUCCUUCGGUUGAAGUUUUCAAGAAAGUGCUCAGUGAAAGGAGAACAAAGGCGCUUUUCAUCCAGAUAUCUGGCACGGGGAUCCUUGUCGACUCCACAGAGCCUGACGGCUACAGGCCCGACAAAGUGUACAGCGACGUAGACGACAUCGACGAGAUCAAUUCGUUGCCCGACUCGCAGCCUCACCGGCCGGCGGAAAAGGUUGCGCUUUCGAUCGAGGACUCCAAUCCCGAGUUUGUAAAGACUGCUGUGGUAUGUCCGCCCUUAAUAUUUGGCAUUGGCCAGGGAUGCGGGAACAAGCUUUCCGUGCAGAUUCCGUGGCUACUGAGGGCGGUGGUGGAAGUCGGGUACAACUUCACAGUCUACGACGGGAUGACCCGUUGGGACCACGCACACAUCUAUGACGUGGGCACUUUGUUCAUGGCUAUAGUCGAAAAAUAUUUGCAAGGCGAGCCGUUCCGAAGCGGACACGCCGGCUACUAUUUUGUUGAGGACGGGUCCGAUUUUUACUGGAAGGAUUUAGCGGCGAAAGUGAGCGACUCGCUUUACAGCCGAGGCUUGAUUCGAAGCCGUGAGAUCAAGAAACUCAACCCGGCCCAGGUGAGAGAAAUUUUCCAUCUUCCGGCCAUGUACUGGGGCUCGAAUUGCCGGAGCAAGGCGGAUGCGGGGAAGCUGCUGGGUUGGAGACCCAUCAAAUCGGACGAUGCCCAUUUCUGGGCCGAUGUGGACGAGUCCUUGGACUACAUGGUCAGCCGUGGGAUUUUGUAG